AUGGAGAUCUUCAAGCAAUUGGAGAUUACUAUUCCAUUGAUUGAGGCAAUACACCAAUUUCCUGUGUAUGCUAAUGUUUUAAAGAAGUCCCUCAAAAAGAAGAAGUUUUUAGAUGAGGGAACAAUUGAAUUACAGGGAAGUUGUAGUGUGAUUUUGCAGAACACACUUCCUCCUAAAGUCAAAGAUCCAGGAAGCUUUACUAUUCCUUACACUAUUGGGGAUUGCGAUGUAGGGAAAGUUCUAAUUGAUGUAGGGGCUAGCAUAAAUUUGAUGUCCUUAUCUAUGCUAAGGAAGAUUGGUGAUCUUGAAGUUAAACCUACUAAGAUGGUGUUUCAAAUGACGGAUAGAUCUACCAAGAAUCCCUAUGGUGUAGUGAAAGUUGUUGUGGUCCAAGUUGACACACUUAAAUUUCCAUUGGAUUUUGUAGUGAUGGAGAUGAGGGAAGAUUUGAAGAUUACUAUCAUUCUUGGAAGGUCAUUCAUGAAGACAGCUAAGGUUGUCAUCAAUGUAGAUGAUGGCGUUAUAAUGCUUAAAGACCAAGAUGAAGAGGUGAUUUUCAAUGUCUUUAAUGAUGAACAGUUGAUUCAACUGAAGAAGACUAGUCCAAACACUAGUGGAAAAAGAGGAUUCCAUGACUGGUUAUUAUGA